CACACUUCAAGAUCACUUCGUACUGUAACGCCAUUAUCCCUUUCAGACUCUUGUAGUCACGCUGCUGUUGGUUCUGAGCAGUACAGUACACAGGAUGGGCUCAUCAUAUCGACUACCUGCUCGCGGGCCGUGGAUGGCAGCGACGGUCGCCAAAAAGAACCUUUUCUUUGCUUGUUUUCUCAUCACCUUGUCCGGCGUCUUUUUCACUUACUUCUACCAUGAGCCCAUUACCAGGAAUAUCACAUCUCUUUCUCGGAGGCCAGGAUUUAUUCCUAUGGGCAAAAGCGACAACUUGGGCGACAUAUUCAACGACACUCUUGGGUUCCAAAAGGUCUACGCUAUCAACCUGCCAGAGCGCACCGACAAGCGCGAUACCAUGCUACUUCAGGCGCAACUCACGAAUUUCACGUUAGAGAUGGUCGAUGGCGUCGUGGGCUCGAAAGUUUCUCCCAAAGCACUCCCUUAUACCAUGAAGCAAGAUAAUGGCACUAUAGGGUGCUGGAGAGCGCAUCUUGAUAUUUUCAACAAGAUGAUUGAUGAAAACAUUCAAAGCGCGUUGAUAUUGGAGGACGACGCCGACUGGGACGUGAGUCUCAAAGCCCAGAUGACCGAAUUUGCACGGGGCUCUCGCUAUUUGCUCGACCAAGGCGAUCGCACCCCUUUUUCCCCCUACGGUGACGGGUGGGACAUUCUAUGGUACGGGCAUUGCUACAGUAAGCCUGAUACUAAAGAUGGCCGGUACUGGGUUAUCCCCCACGAUCCCACCGUCGCACCGCGAGGGUCGCGGUGGUAUUUCGAGGGACCAAGUAUGCUGCGGUGGGAGAACGGCACGGAACCCGACCCUCAGCCCCGAGUGAUCUACAAACAGAUUUAUGGGUGGUGCACAUCCGGCUAUGCUGUGACCCUUCGCGCCGCACAGAGGAUUCUGUGGUAUUCAAGCAUGAUACCAUACAACUGGUCCAUAGAUGGCGGCAUGGGCAAUAUGUGCGGACGGUCGGAGUUUCACGACUUUACCUGCAUCGCGCCGUUCCCUCGAACCAUUGGCAAGGCCACCCCCGCGGGUAGCAAAAACAGAGGCAGCGACAUAGGUGACUACGAUGCCGACAAAGUUCAGAAAGAGUCUCAGUCUGAAAACGUCAUGUUUUCUGUCCGCCAGAACAUCCAAAGACUCCUAAAGGGCGAGACGACAUUCAAGAGCUUCUUCCCCAAUCCUUCCGGCGAUGAACUUACCAUGGAACAAAUCACCAACGUCAAAGGAUACCCUGACUACGUGGAGCCGCCCAAGAAGAACGACAAAUCCCAGUAGAGGCCGAACGAGGCAGAAGUUGCUGCAGCUUCGGCAGGGUGGUUGCAUAUUCGACAGCGAGAGCAUGUCGCCUCGGGCAAUGGAACAAGCUCAACGCCCUGGAAUACUACGACCGACACAUGAUAUUGCGCCUACAGUUGCACAGUCCAAAAUGCUCCAGCUUAGAAGUCCUUUCACGGCGUUCGCAAGCAGAAUCAUCUUUCGGUCGUUUCGCGUUGGGACACAUGACCUCGACGGACUUUUUGACCCGAGUCCCAUGAGGUGUGUGUUGGCAUCACUCUUAUGCAGGACUGACCUGUAUAAGCACCAGGGUCAAAACGACCUUGUGCGAUUGUCCAAAUUAUUUCCCUCAGACUGGGUAGUAUGACGGCGCAUCACGAGGCGUAUCGGGUGUUUUUGCAACAUGGAGGAUUCGGUCUUUCAGUUCAAGCCACAUCCGGAGGUCAACAAUGCAAUCUCAUUUCAUGCUUGCAUCUGCAAAUCUGCACCUUGCGUGUACAUUUUGGCCGACCGAAAGCACAGGUUGCGCUCCGGGUACUUCUGGCGUGGGGCAGGCGCCCAGCGAAAGAAUCUUUGACCAUAUGGGGAGCGGACCAUACUAUCACAUUCAAUCCUGGGCACCUCAAAAGCCAAUUCACCUCCUGCGAUGUUGAUCAGUCCAAUACAUGUCUUGCCAUUGUUUGUGCAUGUACACCUGCCACUGGGAUUCGCUGGUAGAUCCAACGGGCGUGUGAACGGUGCCAGGGGCAGAACCCCACUCAGCGCAAAGCUCCAACGAGCACAACAGGGUAUGACCAUCUCCAUCAGCUGACUACUACGUAGUAUGUUCUUACAUAUUCAGGGGCUACUCAGCAACCCAGAUAGCCAUCUAAUCUUAUCAUGUAAUGUGCUCAAUUUACAAGAUUCUUGUCUUGUCGCUUGGCCAGCGACAGGGAGGAGUUCGC